AUGGAUAUUCAUCGUUGUCGUUUCGUCGAGUACACUCCUUCACCCAUUACUGCUCUCGCAUUUUCGCAUCAACUCUCUUCACAAGAUCCUUUACCGUCUAAUUUACAUUUGGCAGUUGGACGCGCUAACGGAAAUAUCGAAAUAUGGACACCAAAGGGGGACUGGUGUUUGAAGGGUGUCCUCUACGGCGGUAUAAAUCGAAGCGUUGAAGGUCUUGCCUGGAGUGUGAGUGAUGAGGAGCUACGUUUAUUUAGUAUUGGAUUCUCUACUUCCAUCACCGAAUGGAAUUUACGAACCGGUAAGCCAUUAGUGCACCAAGAUUCUAACGCUGGUGCCAUUUGGUCUAUUUCGCUUCAUGAGGAAACAAAAACUUUGGCUGUCGGUUGUGACGACGGUAGUUGCGUCUUGUUUGACAUUAGUGGAGGACGUGGUGUUAUAGAGUAUAAACGCACCUUGAUGCGACAAACUUCUCGUAUCCUUUCUUUAUGUUGGCAAGGAAAGAACCAUAUUGUCGGUGGAUGUACAGAUGGAAUUGUCAAAGUUUGGGAUGUUGAAAGUCCAAAUUCCACAAUUAUAGCUCGAAUGCAAGUUGAUCGCGCUAAGAAAGGUAGUCGUUCCCUCGUAUGGGAUGUCAAACCCCUCAAAGAUAAUACAAUUGUCACGGCGGAUUCUUCUGGAGCUGUCAAGUUUUGGAACGGAAAGUAUUUUACUCUUACCCAGUCGUUCAAGCUUCAUUCGGCAGAUGCACUGACUCUAGCUGUUUCGAGCAAUGAUAAUAUAGUGUUUUCCUCUGGUAUUGAUCGCAAGACGGUUCAGUAUACCAGAGAUGGUGGCAAGCGUGAAUGGGUAAGCAAUAGCUUCCGGAGAUUUCACUCACACGAUGUUCGCUGUAUGUCAAUCCUUGAAUGCAAAACUGUAGAUGUUUUAGUUUCUGGUGGUGCAGAUAUGAUGCUUGCCGUGGUGCCUGUUCGUCACUUUAACGCUAAACAUCAUCGAAUGAUACCAGCUGUUCCACAAAAGCCUCGUAUGGCAAUUGCUACGAAAGCUCGUUUAUUUAUGUUGUGGGAGGAUCAUCAAGUUUUGGUUUGGAGAAUUGGUUCUCCAGGUUACCGCUUUCUCUUGAAAAUUGUUUUACCAAAUGAAGAAAAUAUUGUCCACGCAGCGAUAUCCCAAGACGGAGAAUUGCUUGCAGUAUCUACAAUUCUGACCACUAAGCUCUACCGUGUACAUUACACCGAUGACAAAGUUUAUGUGGAAAGUAUUGAAGAUCCCUUUUUAGCGAAUGUUGGAGCAACCUUGUUACAGUUUACGGUAGACAUGAAGAAACUCAUUUUAAUUAGCAACGAAUCUGAUAUUUUCUUGCUUGACUUGAGUCGAAUUGAAACUCAUCAGCUUGAAGUUUAUGAGGUAUCCCAACCGGAAACUAAGAAAGCACCUUCCAAAUACAGAGGAAGUGGUCAAAGCGCAUGCGAAGGGAUUGCUACUGUCUCCGUAUCUCCAGAUGGCGAUUAUUUCGCUGUUGCUGAUUUGAAUGGAAAUACUUUUUGUUACUCAUUUUCGACCUUGUCCUACAUUGAAUUACCCAGAGUUAACAGUUUUGUACGAGCCAUGGCUUUUAGACUGGAUAUUCCUGGACGUUUGGCUGUGGUGACAGCAGGUAACCAAGUUUUCGAGUUUGAUGUUCAAAGUCGAAAGCUGACCGAGUGGUCCAAGACAAAUUCAAACAAUAUACCAAAGCCAUUUGCCCAUUUAUUGGACAAGCCCUUUGGUGCAUUCUUUGAUAUACAAAAUCCUAGCCGAUUUUGGAUCUGGUCAGCAAACUACGUAUCUUUCUUUGACUUAAAUUUAGAUCUUCCAGCCCCUCGAAAUGCCGAAAAACGUAAAAUGGACGGGACUGUUGAUGGUGCUUCGUCAACAAAGCAACGCUCUGCUGUUCAGAAUGCUACAUCUUCAUCCAAGUUUGGAACUGGUGCCUCAAGGUCAUUUUGGAUCACACAUAAAUAUCGUCCUAUGUUAUUGGCUGGCUUAGUAGGAUCAACUGAGCUUCUUGUAAUAGAGCGGCCCAUAGCUGAUAUAUUAAUGAGCACGGAUGUUCCAGGUACAUUUAACGAGCAUAGAUUUGGCGCUUGA